AUGUCGCAUUUCUUCAAGAUUUCUCGCUAUUCAGGCCCGGCGCCUCCGCAAUGGGCUCCUGCACCAGAGAGAUCCCACACGCUUGGUCUCUACAACGAGGCUGAGAUCGACGAUUUCGAGCGAGCAGAGGAAUUUUGUCGCGCCCAUCCUCCCGAUCUCCCGCGCUUGCUGGCAUCCGGCACCAUAGAGCGAAUCGCCUCUCAGCACAGUACCACCUGGUGUCUCGAGUGGCCCAAUUCUUCGCGAUUUGUUGGGCGGGUGGAGAGCGAUUUCAAAGGGACGAACAGUGUUAGUGACUCAAAAGUGACCACGGACAAACGAUGCAAGGACGUGUGUCUGCUCAGUAACCUGCCGUUGAUGGCUGGGUUGUACGAUGUCAGCAGAAAGACUAAGGGUGUGUACUACGAGGUGCAGGUGAACAGGAUGGACGGCGUCAUCGCGAUUGGUACUGCGUGCAAGCCGUAUCCAGACUGGCGCAUGCCCGGCUGGAAUCGUCUCAGCGCAGGGCUCCAUCUUGAUGACCUGCGCAAGUUUUUCGAAGACCCGGACGGUGGCCGAGACUACUACACAGGCGUAUCGCGCAUUACAAACGGAGACGUCGUCGGCUGUGGCUACGAAUUUCUCUCCGGCGCUCUUUUUUUCACGUACAACGGCACGCGCUUGCCUGACGCGUUUACGGGGAUCUACAUGCCACGACGGAACCACGAUGUGUACGCUGCUAUCGGCGUGGAAGGCCGCAAUGAGAUAGAGGUCAAUUUCGGAAGUUCGCUAUUCGCCUGGAAAGAGGGCAAUGAUUUUGCAUGGCAUGUUGACGGCCACGUCGGUCAGAUGGCCGGCAACGGCCCCUCGGAUGAAGAAGAACUGCCCUCUUAUGCUGAAGCUCGUGGUUGGUGA